CUUGAGACACCUACAUAAAGUCAAAGACUGUCAGUUUACGCUUUGUAGGCAGUAGAAAUAAACCUGUUCUUGUGGACACGUUGCUCGAAAAUUAAAACAUAAAAAUGGGAGAACAGGUCGAUCUUAUGCGUCGGGACCCUAAUGAGCUUAACUGCCAUGUGAAGGCUGAGUUUGAGGAUGUUUUCGGCGAGCCCGAGGGAGUCCGCUCCAUCGACUGCGUCUGGAAGCUGGCCUUCACCUGCUUUAAUCUGUGCAAGGGCCUCUGCUACAAGAUCACAACCCUCUUAACGGGCAUCUGUAUCGCCAUGGAGCUGGGGUGCACGUUCGCCGAGGUGGCGUACACGCACGUGUGGUUCGUGACCCCGUGCAUGAAGCUGUGCGAAAUCAACUGUGUCCCGUGGAGGAAAUGUUUCUUUAUCUGUAUCGACUGCUGUCUCGGCCCGCUCUGCGAAUCAUGCGGCCUUAUGCUCAGCAAAAUCAAGAUCAGCAAAGCCUAGACGGAGAACUGCAACCUGGGUUCAGAAUUGCAUUGACUUCCAACCGUAUUUUGUCAGUGUGCCAAUUGACUCUAAUGUCUAUGCGAUUUAUGUGUAUUUACAUUUUUCGUAUCUACCCAUUAUGUAACUAAAGUUUUUCAUUGCGUAGUUGUUUGAUACAUUUUACCUUUUACAAACCUUUAAGUAACAAGCGCAUGCUCAUGUGAUUUUUAAUGUUACAUUAGUAAUACAUUCUUUGAUACACAUGUCACCUUGAAUUUCAAAAACGAGCGAAACUGUUUUCGAAGCCGCUUAAUUGUAAUCUGAAGUUUUCAAAGUAAACUUUUUAAAGUCA